GUCGCCAGAAACAUAAGCAUCCUGCAAGGCAACAACAUAGCCUUCAUCAAAACCUACCCUGGCGGCUCCGGCUACGUCAGCAACAUCACGUUCGAAAACUUCCGCUCAAAAGCCAGUCUCUACGGCCUCAACAUCAACCAAUACUGGCAGAACACUUUCACCCCGGACACCGGCGCCGUCACGCUCAGCAACAUCGUCUUCCGGAACGUGACCGGCUCUGUCGCCGACGGCGCCAAGCGGCCCCCGCUGUAUCUCAUUGCGAAUGACCUGACCUUUGCGACGAACGUGACGGUGGAGGAUGUUUCGGUGUGGACUGAAUCCGGGGACGCCGUCGUUAAUAAGAUCAGUAAUGUUUUUGGGUCCGGGGAUGGGACUUACGGGGUUAAUGAUGGGAUUGAGCCGUUGGUGGUGGAUGAGGUGCCCACGGCUUAUACGAAGACUAUUACGGUGACGGAGACGCCGACGGGCUGGGUGAAGCCUGGGUUGCCGGCUUGGGCGGCCCCGAGUACCGGGUUUGGGACGGCUUCGCCGAUCCCGGUUUAUACGCCUUCGCCUUUGUGGAGGCCUGGUGGGGUGGACUAUGAUUUGCAUUAUUGGGGGAGCUUUUGA